AAAAAAAAGAAGGUGGGCUCUGACAUCGAAAUCGUCAAAGGUACUAUCGAGGAUUUGAACAUGCCAAAGAAGUCCGUCGCUGCGUCUGAUGAUGUGGUCCAUUCGGGCUACAUCCAUGAUUUAAGCAAAUACCAAGAAAGCUGUUUGAUUGAGCGGAAGGCGACUGUGGUGAUGUUGAACGCUUUGAUGGGCACGAAUAAGCCCCUACGUGCUAAAUGCUGUGUGUUUGGUGUUUUCACCGGACUUUUACGGCAUUGAGGCAGGCCAAAAACAAACUAGAGGUGCGGGUUUCUUGCGUUCAAAAUUCGAGGAUGUUGCGCUAAGCUAGAAAGGCAAGGGUGUCCUUGCUACGUCUGUCACACGUCCACCAGCGGCAAGGGAGAUCCAAACCUUGUUACUACGUUGGUCAAUAUGGUGAGUGGAUCUGGGAAACCCGCUUACAUCGACGCUGGUCUCAACGUGGGGCCAGCAGUCCCACGCUCGCACGUUGGCCAUCUUUUCAAACUGGCGUUGGAAAAGGGCCGCGCUGGUUCGCCUUACCACGACGUUACUACAGAAGGUGUGCAGACCGAAGACAUUGCUGGAGCUAUUGGUGGUCUUUGA